AUGGUUUUUAAGCUUGUUUUAAAAUUUCACACUUUUAUAAUUGUGAAUGGGUUCAAAUGGCUAAACGAACUUUCUGAUGAGUACGGGUUGGAGUGCGGAGUGAGACAAGGGGGGUUGACGUCUCCUUCGCUUUUCAACCUGUACGUAAACCAGCUGAUCGAUGAGCUGAGUAGCACUGGAGUCGGCUGCUCAAUUGACGGACAUAUUGUCAACAGUAUUAGUUAUGCAGACGACAUGGUGCUACUUAGCCCAUCGAUUUCAGCACUCAGAAGGUUGUUGAGAACUUGUGAAGAGUAUUCUAAGUUGCACGGCCUCCUUUACAAUGUAAAGAAAAGUGAGCUUGUGAUUUUUCAUCCAAGGAGUCGAAAAGUGACGACUAUGCCCCCAGUGCUGCUCAAUGGUGUAGGCCUCGCCAGAGCUAAGCAAUUUAAGUACCUCGGCCAUGUGGUGACCGAGGACUUAAAAGAUGAUAGCGAUAUUGAGAGGGAAAGGAGGGCGCUGGCGGUUCGCUGCAACAUGUUGGCCCGCAGGUUUGCACGAUCUAGCAUUGAAGUAAAGAUUACUCUCUUUAAAGCCUUCUGCCAAACUUUAUACACGUGUAACCUGUGGGUUAAUUACACGCAGCGAGCCUUUAACGCCCUCCGUGUACAAUAUAACAAUGCGUUCAGGGUGUUGUUGGGGCUCCCGCGCUACUGCAGCGCCUCAGCAAUGUUUGCGUACGCGCACACGGAGGGGUUUGGCGCGGUGAUUCGUAAACGUAUCGCAUCACUCAUGCGCAGGGUGCGCGGGAGCCACAACACCAUCCUGAGGGUCAUAAGCGAGAAAACGGACUGCCCCAUUCUGGGACACUGGGUUCGAACGCAUGCGCAAGUGCCGGGUGUUCCAGGGGGGGGCAGAUACUUAAACUAA